GUCGACACGUCGCAGUUAUUAUUCGAUUUUCGAGCCAGUUUCGACAUAUUCUAGUAUAUUUUUUAAAAAGUGAGCUGCGCGGCGUCAGUUAUCGCAUAUCGAAAACAAUUUUGGCGAGAUUACACACAUUACGACAUCGUUCGACAAACUUCUUGUUUUUAUCAUCGGUCAGUUCUGGCAAACGACUUUUACCAGGCGUAGUUGACGGUUCUCGGAUAAAGUGAAGAUCUUGUGGAGGAGUUUCGCUAGCUUUGACGGAAAUUGAGAUUCACCAAGGUCUGUUUAGCGUGAAUCUAGUUUUGAAAGAUACCGAAGACUAUCAAAUAGCACUACAGUAUUAAAGAAGAAGCAUCACCUGACGAAGCUUCAAGUAUACCAGUUACGUUUUGUAUAUUAUCAUAAGGUUUUGAACAGUGCAUAUAAAAUUAAGUGAAGGCGAGUUUAAAUAAGCUUGAAAAACGUAUCGAAGUUCAGAUAUAAGCCAAAAAGUUCUGAAGCAGCUCAAAAGAAGGUUUAGAAGUUUUAAGAGAAGGAAGAAAAGGAAGCUUACCUAGAUUUUCUAAUUGUUUGGUGACGGGAUGUCUGUGAUUACUUUAAAACCGUGUGCCAGUAGGUGGGUCCUUAAGCACCAGCAUAAGUUCAAGCAGUCCGUCAGGGCGUGUUCCUUGCGGGUUAAACAAAAACUUGGUUACGAGCAGGACGAGAAGGCGAACGAACAGUACGAAUAUGAUUCAGAAUACACGUUCAGAUAUGCAGACCUGACCACAAAACUAUGCGAUCCAACUCAACUAAGGUCGAAGCCGGAUGUCAGCGAGCUAAAGUUUGGACAAAUAUUCACAGACCACAUGUUGAAGGUGUUCUAUCACAAACAACUCAGAGGUUGGCAGAAACCGAAUAUUAUACCUUUCGAGAAUAUUUCGCUUCAUCCUGCCGCCAAAGCUUUACAUUAUUCCAUCGAGCUGUUCGAGGGCAUGAAAGCUUAUAGAGGAGUAGACGGUCGAAUCAGAUUGUUCAGACCAGACCUGAACAUGCAGCGUAUGAACGUCUCAUCUAUGUCAGUUGGACUGCCCACUUUCGACACCCACGAAUUGACCAAAUGUAUCAGGCGUUUGAUACAAAUAGAUCAAGAAUGGGUACCGCACAGUGAAUCAAGUAGCCUGUACAUCAGACCAUGUAUCAUCGGAAUCGAUGGUACUUUGGGAGUCGUGCAAUCAGAUUCAGCACUUCUUUACACCAUCCUAUGUCCAGUGGGCGGUUACUUCAGCAACUCUUCAUCCAGUAACGAAGGAGUAUCACUUCUGGCUGAUCCUGCUUACAUCCGUGCCUGGCCAGGAGGUUUGGGCGACAGAAAAACGGGAUCGAACUACGGACCGACUAUUAGAGUCCAAAAGACGGCGCUCAUGAAGGGUCUUCAUCAAGUUCUGUGGUUGUACGGACCGGACAACCAGAUCACCGAGAUGGGAACCAUGAACUGUUUCGUGUUCUAUGUGGAGGACAAUGGGCAGAAAGUAUUGGUAACUCCACCACUGAACGGCUUAAUCCUUCCUGGAGUUACGAGGCAGUCUGUGAUACAACUUUGCGAAGAAUGGAAUGAGUUUAGAGUGGAUCAAAGGACAAUCACAAUGGACGAGGUCAUUAAGCUGUCAAGGAAUGGACGGUUGCUAGAAAUGUUUGGUUCCGGUACGGCGGCCUCAAUAAGUCCGGUGUCUCUCAUCGACUUUGUAGGUCAAACCAUCCGUAUUCCAACAGUAGAACACUCCCAACCUUUAUACAAGAGGAUCAGAGACAGGUUGGCAGCGAUUCAAUAUGGCCACGUCGAACACCCCUGGGCUGUUCCCAUCGAGUAGCUGGACUCGGUCUCAUCUCAUCAAUGGUAUUUUUUGUGACUGUGGUACUAACAUCUACGAUAGAUUCUUAAGUUUUGUUUGUACAUAGUAGCUGUAAGUAGUGUUUUGAGUUGAAGUUUUCUCGAAAUUCAAAAGAUGUAAAUAGUAACACAGAACAAAAGGAUUAACGUUACAGAUUUUAUGUACUGCCAAUAUACGUAAAGGACGUUUAAUUUCUUUUUAAAUAUUUAUUAGAAAUCAUUUCAUCGAUGUGUAUAUCAUUUUUCAUAACAACUAGGAGGAGCAAAACAGUAAAACGAGUGCCACUAAUGUCUAGUAAGUUGUAUCGUUAGUUAAUGUAUUCCGCGUGAAGAUGGACAACCUAGUUAUCGGAGAUAAAAUGAGAUACGGUAGCGCCAUCUACGAGAAUUUGUCACACCACUAUACAGGAUGUCCCAUUUCAAUCUGCAUACCAUAUACAGGGUGCGGCAGAGAGGAUGGACGGUUUUAAAAAAAUCAUAAAAUAUGGGGUUGACGCAGGAAAGUAAACGCACAUUAAAACAAGAAAGAUUGAUAUUCAAAUCAAGUUGGGUACUUUAUUUUGAAGGUUCAUUUAUACCAUUUAUGUAU